UCCAAUUAAGCCGUGUUUGUUUCCACUUCACAGAACAUUCCUGGGACAAAAUUGACCAGAAAAAGAAAAGCAUAAAACAACGAUAUUCAGAUACGAGAGAGAGAGAGAGAAGCUUCAUCAAUGGCGGACGAUAAACCGCUGAGGAAAAUAUCGGAGGCGUUCAAAGAUCUCGCCACCGCCGUGAAUUCCAAAACACCGGACGUCGAGGUUGAGUCAUUCUCUCGCGCGUGCUCUCUCGUCUCCCCGCUUUUCGGCUGCCUCGGCAUCGCUUUUAAGUUCGCCGAGAUGGACUAUGUCUCGAAGGUGAACGAUCUCUCGGAGGCGUCGAAGUCUAUUGCGACCUUACAGGCUUUGCUCGAUCGCGAUAUGGCAUCGAAUUGCGUAAGGAAUGCUGGUAGUCAUUCGAGAAAUUUGUUGAGAGUGAAGCGUGGGCUUGACAUGGUUAGGGAGCUCUUCGAGCAAAUACUCAUUGCAGAGUACCAAUGCUCAUGUGGCAGGGGCAAUUCCCUUAAGGAUCCAGCUUCCAAGGCAUAUGCACAGGUAUUUGCUCCCCAUCAUGGUUGGGCAAUCAGAAAAGUUGUUGCUGCAGGGAUGUAUGCCCUACCUACUAAGGCACAAUUGUUGAAGAAACUCAACGAAGAAGAUUCCUCGGCCAGGAUUCAAAUGCAAAAUUACGUUGUUGCGUCUGCACCUGUAAUUCUAUAUAUCGACAAACUCUUCCAUUCAAGAAAUUUGGGUGUGGAUUGGUAAAUAAUGGAUUGUGUUUUAUUUGUGCAAUAUUAUUUAUUAUAGUUAUUUAUUUGUGCUAAUAUUAUUUGUUAUAGUUAUUUCAUAAUAUUUUGCCACUGGAACAAACUCAAUUGGAAAUUGUUA